CACAACAGCAUUAGUGCAUCACUUCACUUGCUGAAGACUUGCUGCCUGGCCUGCUGACUGUGUGGACAUACUCUGCAUUUGAGGCAGCGCCCACAAUAACUUUAUUUACUCAGUUGACCGAAUAUAUCUUCAUGGUACAAGACGACGGUUGUAUUUUGAAGAAUGGGCUGAGAAAGUGGCUGUUCAUUUGUUAAAAUUUAAAUGUUCGUUUUUGGUUGAGUAGCUAGCUAACUAGCAUAACAGCUAACGCCAGAAGCUGUAGGCUAAAUAGCCUAACAAACAUUAACUAUUGAGAACAUUUUAUAAAGUGACACGACGAUGGUGUAGAUAUUAUGAUGUAUUAGAGUUACGCAAAGUAUAAGAAAUGGGCAAGUUUCGCCUUGGACACUUUGUUUAGUCAAAGGCUACAUUUAACAUUCGCUAGUUUGUGGUGCUGGUUUGACAAGAUGGCUUGCUUGGUUAGUUGACAGUCCGUAGUUGUUUCUUCAGUUACCUUGUGUUGUCUUUGCGAAGGUUAGCUAACUAACAUAAAUAGAUGCCACGCUGUUCUUUGAACUGCGUCUUUUAGUCCAGCAAACGUGACUAAAUUACCAUUGAAAUCAUAGCUAGUCAGCCAACGUUAACGGAAGCUACGUCCGAGACUCCUUCACCAUGCAUGAUGCCUAUGAGCCUGUCCCUAUUUUGGAGAAGUUGCCGCUCCAGAUUGAUUGCCUGGCGGCUUGGGAGGACUGGCUUCUUGUGGGGACAAAACCAGGCCAUCUUCUGUUGUAUAGGAUCAAGAAAGAUGCAGGUACCAAUAGGUUUGAGGUGACCUUAGAGAAGUCCAACAAGAACUUUUCAAAGAAGAUUCAGCAGCUGUAUGUGGUGUCGCAGUACAAAAUUCUGGUCAGCCUUCUUGAGAAUAACAUCCAUGUGCAUGACCUCCUGACCUUCCAGCAGAUCACUGUCGUAACUAAGGCCAGAGGGGCCACGCUCUUUGCUUGUGAUCUUCAGCAUUCCGCGUCUGGAGAGGCAAAGUUAAGGAUGUGUGUGGCUGUGAAAAAGAAGCUUCAGCUGUAUUACUGGAAAGACAGAGAGUUCUACGAGCUGCAGGGGGAUUUUGCUGCUCCUGACAUCCCCAAGUCCAUGGCAUGGUGUGAGAGUUCAAUCUGUGUAGGAUUCAAGCGGGACUACUACCUUAUCCGAAUGGAUGGUCGUGGUUCUAUCAAGGAGCUCUUUCCUACUGGAAAACAGUUAGAGCCCUUGGUUGCCCCAUUGGCUGAUGGGAAAGUGGCAGUGGGCCAGGAUGAUCUUACAGUUGUACUAAAUGAGGAGGGAGUUUGCACCCAGAAAUGUGCACUCAAUUGGACAGACAUUCCUGUUGCCAUGGAGCACCAACCUCCGUACAUCAUAGCUGUGCUUCCACGCUACGUAGAGAUCCGCACCUUUGAGCCGCGGCUGCUGGUGCAGAGUGUGGAGCUGCAGAGGCCUCGCUUCAUCACCUCUGCAGGGCCUAACAUUGUGUACGUGGCCAGCAACCAUUUUGUGUGGCGUCUUGUGCCCGUCUCCAUUGCCAGCCAGAUCCGGCAGCUCCUUCAGGACAAGCAGUUUGAGCUGGCGCUUCAGCUGGCGAAGAUGAAGGACGAUUCUGACGGGGAAAAGAGUCAGCAGAUCCACCACAUCCAGAAUCUAUACGCCUUCAACCUCUUCUGCCAGAAACGCUUUGACGACUCCAUGCAAGGGUUCGCCAAACUAGGAACAGAUCCCACUCACGUGAUUGGGCUGUAUCCAGACCUGUUACCAGCAGACUACCGCAAGCAACUGCACUACCCCAACCCACUGCCUACGCUGUCAGGAGCCGAACUGGAAAAGGCCCAUCUCGCUCUGAUUGAUUACCUUACUCAGAAACGCAGUCACCUAGUAAAGCAGCUGAACGACUCCGACCCUUCUACAACCUCCCCCCUUAUGGAGGGCACGCCCACCAUUAAGAGCCGCAAGAAACUGCUGCAGAUCAUCGACACCACCCUCCUCAAGUGCUACCUCCAUACCAAUGUGGCUUUAGUGUCACCUCUUCUGCGUCUGGAGAACAACCACUGCCACAUUGAAGAGAGCGAGUAUGUGCUAAAGAAGGCCCACAAAUACAGCGAACUCAUUAUCCUCUAUGAGAAGAAGGGUUUGCACCAGAAAGCCCUGCAGGUCCUCUUGGACCAGUCUACCAAGGCCAAUUCGCCACUGAAGGGCCAUGAGAGGACAGUGCAGUACCUACAGAGACUGGGCGUGGAGAACAUGGGCAUCAUUUUUGAGUUCUCUCCUUGGGUGUUGAAAACCUGCCCCGAGGAUGGCUUAAAGAUCUUUACUGAGGACCUGCCCGAGGUGGAGGCGCUUCCACGAGACCGAGUGCUGAACUUCCUGAAAGAAGGCUUUAAGGAGCUGGCCGUGCCCUACCUGGAGCACAUCAUCCACGUGUGGGAAGACACGGUGCCCGAGUUCCACAACGUGCUGAUCGAGCUGUACCUCGAGCGCGUGCAGGCCCUCAUGAAGGAGUAUCUCGUCUCUCUGCCUGAGGGAGUGCCUGCGGUAGCUGCAGGCCAGGAGGAAGGCCAGUUGGGGGAGUUCAGAAACAAGCUGCUGAACUUUCUGGAAAUUUCCAGCAACUACGAGCCAGGGCGCCUCAUCAGCGACUUUCCUUUUGAUGGUCUGCUGGAGGAGCGUGCCCUGCUGCUGGGCCGCAUGGGGAAGCACGAACAGGCCCUCUUCAUCUACGUGCACAUCUUGAACGACACGCGCAUGGCUGAGGAGUACUGUCACAAGCACUACGACAGGCUGACCGAUGGGAAUAAGGAUGUGUACCUGUCUUUGCUGCGCAUGUACCUGUCCCCUCCAGAUGUCCAUUGCCUCGGCCCCAUCAAGAUGGAGCUGUCGGAGCCCCAGGCCAACCUGCAGGCCGCGCUCCAGGUGCUGGAGCUGCACCACAGCAAGCUGAACACCACCAAGGCCAUCAACCUGCUCCCAGCAAACACCCAGAUCAAUGAAAUCCGUGUCUUUCUGGAGAGUGUGCUGGAGGAGAGGGCCCAGAGGAAGCGCUACAACCAGGUGCUCAAGAGCCUGCUGCAGGCAGAGUUUCUGCGGGUCCAGGAGGAGAGGAUCUUCCAUCAGCAGGUGAAAUGUGUGAUAACAGAGGAGAAGACCUGCAGAGUUUGUAAGAAGAAGAUUGGGAAUAGUGCCUUUGCCCGGUAUCCUAACGGUGUGGUGGUACAUUACUUCUGCUGCAAGGACCGCAGCGUGUGCCCCACAGAGCAGUGAUGUCCAUUUUGCCAGGCGGGCACACCAGUGGUAUGGGUGCACCACACCUCCGCCUCUCGUGGGCACCAUGUGGACUUCACAGGGACCCACAGAUCUCACAAGAACCUAAAGACUUUAUAGGGAUCCAUUCAUGUGUGGGAAACAGGAAUAUGACUAGUCGGCUGAAGGACUUGGAUCUCAGGCAUCUUGUUAGCCUUUCACUGAGUCAUUUCAAGCCUGUUGGAACGAACCGUGUGUAGUCUUGGGUGGGGGGAUGGGGCCAGACUUUUGUCUGAACUGGAAGGAUGUGAGCCCAACCCUGACCUUUGAAGAGAAGAACAGGUCUGCCAAAUGCAGUGAGAACAUUAACUCUGUGAGGCCUUUAGGGAAGUCUAAAGGCCCAAAAGCCCCCCUGUCUGUCCUGUGUGUAUGCUUGGAUGUUCUCUCAGCUCUCCAUGUCUCAAAUUUGCACAUUAACACUCUCUGUCAAGCUCUGCAGUGUGUUUGCUCUUAUAACAAGUGAUGAUGUCCUUUCUGUUGUCUGUCCGCUCUCGUACUUGAGCGCUGAGUUUCAGCUGAUGGCCAACAGUGUUUUUGCGCUGGACUCCGUGUUCCAUUUCUAUAGCUUUAGAUUGGGGCUGUACCAAGCUGCGCCAAGCAGGAAACCCGACACCAGACAGCAGCUUUAUCUGCAACUACACAAUAGAGGCCAAGAGAGGCCCUUCAGAAUGGGCUGAGGCUCAUGGCACGGCUGUUGGGCUGAGUGUGCCUCUCUCUCUGCCUGCCCAGCCACUCUUACUUGCAUUUUUAAAAAAAAAUUCUUCCUUUCAUGCGUUUUUCCAUCUUAAUUGAAGUAUGUUUGUGUGUAUGUGUUCUAUACAGCCUUUCUUUGGUUAAAGCUUAAAGCAGAAAUACUCACUUCAAGCAGCUUCAAGUCAACUGCACAGUAAGCAUGGCACUUUAAGCCUGUGUAAUCUAAUUUAUGGUUUCGUAUUUAUUUGUAACAAGAUCUAACCCCACAAAGGGACCUAAGUUACAGGAGAGAAACUGAUGAAUAUGCAGGAAUGUCUCGCCUGUGAUCAUUGGUCGGUUUUGGGGAGGAGGAUGACCCUUAGGGGGCACCAGAGUGCAAUACUGUCAUCAGGUGGUGUGGGUUGUCAGACUAACCCUGUGAUCAUUUGCUGAGCUUUGGUUGUCCAUCUGCGCCUAUCUGUUUUUGUUUGUUUGUUUUUGUUUUAUUUUUAUUCAUUUCGCUCUCCUGCCCCUCUCAACCUUGACUGUUAUUCUUGUUUCGCAAACAUGCAAAAUACCGCAGUUUGUAUAGAGAGGGUGUCUGAUGGAAAUGAUUGUAUUUUUAAAACAAAGUCUGAAGCUGUGGCAGUUGCUAAUAAACUUGCAUCAUAUUCACACUU